UUCAUAUUUGAGAAAAAUAUCGUUGGUACUCCUAUGGCUCCUGGGUCUAGUGUUUAUGUGCACAACGUCAUGAAGGAGAAGGAAGGGAAUGGGAAAGAGAAUAAUCCUCAAGAAGUCAUAAACUCUUCCAACGCGGGCUUGCUAACUAGCCGAGACGUCAACCGAAUGGGUAACAUCGAUUCGAACCAACAAUCAUUGCCUGUACUGAGUAAGAACAUGCUACCUCCUCCGAAGAAACGCCACCAUUUAGCUACAUGUCAACCGGCCCCAAAGGUCUUGCACACGGAUUGCAAGGAAAACAGGAGUGAUAGGGGUGGAAGUCUUACCUCAAGGAUAUCAUCUCUGAGCCCUGGAACUAAGCGGAAGAUUCUUGGUUAUGCAGCUGAUGGUUCUAUUCCUCCACUUCCACCACGACAAAAGCGUGUCAAGAUACUUACGAAGCUCGGCAAUGGGAAAGGGAAGUUGUGUACAAAGUUCUCUCGGACAUCGGAACCCAGUGGGCUUCUUGGGGACUUGAAGCCUGGUAUCAUGAGGAAACCAACUCGAACACGGACUGAAGUUCAUGCCUUACUUAGUGCUGUCGUUGGUGAUCUCAUAAACAGGGACACUCUGUCUGCAGUUGAGGACUUUUGUUAUGAAAUACAAGCAAGUGAUGAGUUUCCAGAUCAACUGGAAGAGCCACCUGUUGAAUGUAGCGGUUCACGAAACUCAAGUGAAGAGGGUGUAGAGCAUCCCGAAGGGCCAGCUCUGCAGGAAUCACUUGACGCCCAUAUUGAUUUUCCUGAACCAGUGUGUGAACAAAAGGGUGCUGAGAAUCAGAGUAAAUGUGCAGAAGUAGAUGAUGGACCCUUUGACACAGGGUUGCAUACACGCAAAGGUUUAAUAAGUACCCAUGAGAGAACUUCUGGAUUUGUACCGUUUCAAAGAAAUGGACGGCAUGCAUGUAAUCGAACUUCACCUAUUUUCCCCACAGUGUCACGCUUACAGACCGCUGACCUCAGAGACCCAACUGGCUACAAUCAGCAAGCUCAAUUGCCUUUGAACAUGAAGCAAGAGCUUGACAUCACUCUGAUCUCUUCUAGGGAAGCAUGUACAGUUGAGGGUACCGAAUGCAAGCAAGAAGAUCUUGAGGAGGAUACGUGUAAAUAUCCCUUAGACUUCUCCUCCUUAAGUGAAGGCGUCGGUUCCCUGGCACACGAGGACGGCGCACUGCUUCAACAGCAGGAUUCUAAGUUACUUGUGUCAGUUGCAGCUGCUAAUGUUGCAACGUGCUGGCUGGAGCUUCUUAGUCUGGAUGUCAAAGGACGUCUCGCUGCACUCAAGAGCAGCAAGCGAAGAGUCGGAAGGGUUAUUGUCUCAGGGGAACUAGAUCUUGAUGCGCCUUUGCUUCCUGGCGGUGCCAUACCACCACCAAUCCUUAGCCCGGGAGAUGGGCAGCCGCUUGUGGAUAACUGGAGAAAAGUGUUUGAAUCUAUGGAUAGGGCCCUCACCAUGGAAGGGCAGAAACUGGAGAGUUGGCUCCAGCAAAUUCACGUGAUGCAGAGUGAGUGCCAAAGAGAUAUGACUUUAUCCUCAAACAUCAGAUCUACAACUUUCAGUGAGCCAACUCCUCCAAGGACGCAAGAAUUUCAGCAGGUGGCCGUUCCCUUGGGUGUAGCUUCAGUGAUGUCUUCCAGGAGCUCUGUCUCUUGAAUAGAAGAAUACUGUUAAGGACCUGGUCAUGAAGCUUACAGUGUCUUGAACAGCAUCAUCCUUCCUUACCUUAUCAGCAUUGCCGUGCCUAGAUCCUGCUUCAGGAAACAAAUUGCAAAUCAUGUUGUUUGUCCGCAUGUAUACAUUCCGUCGUCCAAACUGCCAUGAGCCACAGCGUUAUCCACUACUCGCGUUAAGACCCCGCAGCAGGCAUUUGCUUAAUCUAACUACAAGUCGGUGACGGAGUCUUUCUCUGACGGAGGUGCCAACUACUGAGGCCUCACCGGAUGGCCCGAGUUGAGCAAUUUCUUCUACUCAAGCUUGUGUGGUAGGAUACAUUAUAUUUUAGGAUAAUACGCUAAUAGAAGAGGUCUCGUUCUCAUUGAUAUCAGUAAAGUUGGUCCUUAGCAAUGUACGAAUGCAUUCCUUUGACUUAGAAUCUUCAUUAUCCGUGUCUGGAAAUGCUGGAAGUGCGCUUGGGUACCUCUUUUUUCUCGUUGGACUACAAGAGUGUUCUCUGCAGAGUUUUUUGGCAAGCAAAACCUCCUGCAAGCACGAAUGCCGUGGCAGCUGAUAAAUGCCAGUAAUCGAAGUGAUUUAUAAAGAUGAAAAAGAUCAACAUCAUACUUUUUUGACA